AUUUUGUGAAGUUACCGAAGUUUGUUGCGUCACAGCGUCCAAUAGAAAGUACUCCGGGAAAAAAUUUUGUGAAGUUACCGAAUUUUGUUGCGUCACAGCGUCCAAUAGAAAGUACUUCGGAAAAAGAUUUUGUGAAGUUACCGAAGUUUGUUGCGUCACAGCGUCCAAUAGAAAGUACUCCGGAAAAAAAUGAGUAUAGGGAUCGAUUCGUUAAUCGAUUCUCUAUUGAUCACUAUUAGCUGUUUUGGUGCACAAGGAAUAUUUUAAAAUUUUUUUGUAUAAAAACUUUUUCUCUUCUUUUGUCAGAUUUUGUGAAGUUACCGAAGUUUGUUGCGUCACAACGUCCAAUAGAAAGUACUCCGGGACAAAUUGCAAACUAGAACGAGUCAGCUGCUAAACGAAGAAAAACUAUUUUGAAUGUUGUAUUUGUCUCUUCGUGGAGGAGACAACGACGGUCUACAAAAUUUCAAACCGUUGUCGUAAGAAGAACUAUGGGCAUUCAACAUGAUUUGAAUGUGGUACGCAACUGUCGCAAAUCACUUUUGCAUCUCACCAUGUUGGCGUCAAUUGUUGCUGCUGCUGCAGCAACCUCUACCAUUGAACCUACAUUAACAACAUCAUCAUCAUCAUCAUUACCAUCGACCCCAUCACUUGAAAAAGGCAUACCAGUUGCACCUCCUUCUCUUACCCCAACUACUGAAACUGUGAAUGAUAACAAUGGUCAGCUGGUAACGAAAAAUCGACCGGCGAUACCGUAUUGCGAUGAAUCCGAUGAAAGGACAAUUGGCAGAAGACUUUUAUACGUUACCACUUUGGAUGGACGUCUCACUGCUUUGGACAUUACCAAAAGUGGUAAAGUACGCUGGAGUAUACCUACCGGUCCAGGACCAUUGAUUUCCUCAAGUAUACAUCGUUUAGAAUUGACAAAUAAUGGACAAUUUGUACGUAUGAUACCUUCGUUGAGUGGAGGCAUUUAUAAAUUCGAUGGUGAAUCUAUUGAUCCUAUACCCAUAACCACGGAUAACUUACUCAGUUCAUCGGCAAAAUUUUCCGAUGAUUUAGUAAUAUCUGGUGGCAAAGAGACUCGAACUUAUGGUGUAUCAGCACGCACGGGACAAUUGUUGUAUGAAUGUUCUAUGAAUGGUUGUGUUAAUUCAACCGAUGCCGAAUUUCAAAAUCGUAAUGCUACCAAAACUGUAGAGCAAGACGAUGAUGUAAGUGUAGAAGAUGAGGAGAAUCUAAAGAAGGAUGAUAUUAAUGGCAAUGGUUAUGUGAGAGAACAUGAUCCUUUGAUAGACGAUGUUAUAGUUGUUCGACGUCAAACUCAGACAGUACGAGCUGUAGAGACACGCACAGGUGUAGAACGUUGGAAUUUUAGUGUGGGUCAACAUGAAUUGGAUUUAAUAAGACCAGCUGAGUGUCAUGAUCGCAAAUUUAGCAAUUUGGAAAUGGCUAUUUUAGAUUUGGACAUUAAGGUCAUAGUUCCCGAGGGUGUUAUAUGUGCUUUUAGUAAAUUGGAGCCCAGUGUUAUGCUGUGGAAAUAUAAGUUUGAUCAUCCUAUUGUAAGUGCUUGGAAAAUUGGUUCAGCUGAUACUUUAGAAUCAAUUGAUAUGUUUGGUUCUGCACAAUGGCUUUGGAAUCAAGAUGAUAACAUUUUUGAAAUGCCUUUACCCAAUAUAAAUCCCUCACUCUAUGUGGGCAUGUAUGAUAGACAAUUGUAUAUACAGGAAUCCAUACAUUUGCGCAAAGAGAUACUGGAUCAAUCACAUCUUUAUACACAACUUACCACUGAAACUAGAUUACCUAAAAUUCCCUGGCGUCCUAUAGCGGCAAGUAGUAAUUCGUUGAUUAUUUAUCAACACAGUGAUGAACAACGUAUUGAGACAGGUGGUUCAUACAAUUCAAAAGAAAUACAAGGCAAUGAAUUGGUUCCUUAUGAUGAUGAGAAUUUUGCUCUAUCAGCCCAGUCCGUACUUAAUGCCUCGGAAUAUGUCAAUGGUAAUGGUUUCUAUUUGUAUACUAGCGAUGAACUAGAAAACAACAAUACUGAAGAUGAUAUGUGUGAUACUACUAGCAAAAAAGAACUUCCAGCCAUUGAUGACAAGAAAAUUGACAAUACCAGCAGCAAUAAUCACACCAUCGAUGAUGAUUUGGGUUUCAGUCUUGACGAUAUUGAUGCUCCCAUUAAAGUUGUUAUACUAUCCAUAUGGUUUUGGUGGAAGGAAUUGGCUAUAGUGGCCUUUACCUCAGCCCUACUACUCAACAUUCUAAUAAGUCAACGUAAUCGUGGUGAACGCCAAAUUGUUGUAAUUGAACGUCAUAUACCAGUGCCUUCGGGUAUUGAAGCUACUGAAUCCUCUACAGCUGCUCUUUUGGGUCCCACCACCAAUACUACACACACUAAUACCAAUUCAAAAAGUUCCGGUAAUGUUCAUCGUUCUCUAUCGGAAUCUACCUCAAAUUCAAGUGAACAUUUUACUUCACGUUUUCAAAGUGAUUUCGAUUUACAACGUUGUUUGGGUCGUGGUGGUUUUGGUGUUGUCUUUGAGGCUAAAAAUAAACUGGAUGAUUGUAGUUAUGCCAUUAAGCGUAUUACUUUGCCCAAUAAGGAGGAAUCUCGUAUGCGUGUUAUGCGUGAGGUUAAGACUUUGGCGAAUUGUGAACAUCAAAAUAUUGUUAGAUACUUUCAGUCAUGGGUAGAAAAACCACCACCAGGAUGGCAAGAGGUAGAGGAUAACAAAUGGUUGGCCAACGAAAUGUCAACAUCGAUACAAAUUGAUACACCGUCCGAAACACAUUCGACAUUUCCCCAAUACUUUGAGGGUAAUAAUAUAGAUAAAAAGAAACAACUGCAAACAUGGAUGGAAAGUAUGGCCUCAACAGCCUGUAGUUCUGAUCAUAAAUGCUUUAGCAAUGGUAACUACAAUGAUGACGAAGAUGAAGAUGAGGAUUCUUGUGUAAUAUUUCGUUCUGAAUCUGAUUCCCUGGCUAUGCGCGAUCGGCAUCAAUACGAAGAUGAGGAUAGUGAUUCCUGUGUUAUUUUCCGUUCGGAAUCCCAAUCAAUGGCAAUGAAGCUUGAAGAUGACAAUACUUCUACGGAGAGUGAUAUUACAAAUAGAACUAAAUUUAAUAAAAAUGGAAUAAAGAAAAAAUCUCAUAAUGAUGCUAUAUCGAUUGAUAUACAAACAAAUAGCAUUGAUUUGAAUGUACAUCGUGGUCGACGUAAUAUUGACUAUAGCCAAUUAUCAGAUUCAUUUCAAAUUGAAUUUGUGCGCUCUGUUGAUGGUGAUGAACCAACGCCCGUUGAAGAAGAAGAGGAGGAGGAAGAAGACUCUACCAAUUCUAAUAAGACUAAGGAAGUUUUUAAUAAAAAGCGACGACCACAAGACUUGGCUUUGGAUAUAAGUAUUGGUGAAAAUAACAACAGAAUGCCAGUGAAACCCCAACAAAAUAAAGUCUAUUUGUAUAUACAAAUGCAAUUGUGUCGCAAGGAAUGCUUAAGAGAUUGGCUGCGCGAUAACAAACGUGAAGAUCGCCAAGACUUUAUAGCCAGUAUUUUUCAUCAAAUUGUCGAUGCCGUCGAUUAUGUACACUUCAAGGGUCUUAUACAUCGUGAUCUCAAACCCAGUAAUAUUUUCUUCUCCCAAGAGGGUCAAAUCAAAAUCGGUGACUUUGGUCUGGUUACCGAUAUGGCCGAUAUACCAAAUAUGAUUACCAAAUGCGGUGAUAAUACGGGUCUGCCCUCAUGUGCCCGCCAUACCCAACAAGUGGGUACUCACCUGUACAUGUCUCCCGAACAAUUACGUGGCCUGCCCUACGACUAUAAAGUGGAUAUUUAUUCAUUGGGUUUAAUAUUUUUCGAACUGUUGGUUUAUUUCGGUACCGAAAUGGAACGCAUUAAAACCUUACGAUCUUUACGUGAUGGCAUUUAUCCAAAAGAUUUCCCAACACAACAUCCCAAGGAAUAUGAGUUGCUUAAGAAAAUGCUUUCCUCUAAACCCGAAGAACGUCCUGCCACCAAUGAGCUUAAAUUGCAGCUUAAUGAAAUCCUUAAAUUACCCGAUUUACCAGGUGAUAGCGAAGCAGCUGCUUUAGCGGCUGCAGCCAGACGUUUAAGUCGUUCCCGUACAUUUAGUAGCUGUGAAUAACAAAAAAGUCAUUUGUUUAAACAAUAACAUUAUUUUUAUUUAUAAUUUUAAGACACUCAAACACACACACAAAUCGAUUGCAUACGACGUAUGUAAGUAAAAUUUAUAUAAGUAGAUUGUGCUGGUAUAAGUUAGAAGAAAUGAAAGUAAAUAUCAGUUAGUUGAUACAAAAGAAAUUUGUCAUCUAAACAUUAAAGUAAUUCCGGAAAAUUACUGGAAAUGUUUUGCAUUUAGUGUAAUUAUUGUAGAUGGUAUAAUGAGUAGUUUAACAAAAAGUUUUUUUUUAAGUUUCAAAUCAGUUAGUAAUCUAAGAAUUAAUAUCCUUAACAUUUCUCUUUUACACCAUUUCCAAUUGUAUCUUUAGAAGUUUUUUAAUUCUAUUUUAAGAAAAAUUUUAAUUAUAUUUCAGAAUUAAGAAUUUUCUGAAUUUGUAUUGGAAAUUUUAAAAUAAAUUGGUUAUUCUAUCCUGCAGGCAGUUUAAGUUCCAUUUUAUUGUAAAAAUCAAGUUUAAGCUAAAACUAAAUUAUAUAUUUACAAUCUGUUGUGCCGUCAGUAGACUUUUAACUUAAAAGGAAAGAUUUGUUUUCUAAUUGAUAACAAUUUAUAAUUGAUAACAAUUUAUAUUUCAAAAUAACGUUUUCAAAAGUUUCAACAUUUUCAUUUUAAAAACAAUUUACAAUUUUUCAUAUUUUAGUUAAAAUUCUUAUUAACUCUCCGGGGGACCUUAGGCCGGAAUAUAAAAACUUUUCGAAUUCAAAAUGUUCAAAAAUUUUAAACGUUUAAAACUGUCUAGAAAGGAAACUGAACUUUUAUAUUGAAUUUUUUUUCUUAAAAAAUACAAAUUUUUGUAACAUUAGUACUUCCACCCCCGGGGUACUUUAAUCGAAAAUAUAAAAUUUUCCCGACUUUAAAAAUUAAGUUAAAAUUCGAAAUUAUAAUCUAUUGUUAAUCUGCAAGCGGUUUAAUUUACAAUAUUUUUUUUGCAGUUUAAAUUACUAAAUGAUAAAUUUAUCAAAGAUUUUGCCCUAAGGGGUCGUUUACUUUAGAAGGCUGGAUUUGUUCUCUUAACAGCGAUUUCAUUACUAUUUAUAGUCCAACAUACAGUUUACAAUAAUUCCAAAAGUUUUACUACAAAAACAAUUUAAAUUUUCUGGUAUUUUAGUUUAAAUUUCAUUAUAACUCCCGGGGGACUUUGAGCCGAAAUAAAAUGUCUUUUC